ACCAAGUUGGUGUUUAAGAGAUAUUACACACUCUUAUCUUAACUUGGGGUUAAGUCUAGAACUUAAUUAAGAUAUAACACACUUAAUUAAAUAUCUAGAACCUAAAACUCACACUUAAGAUAACCACUCUUAAGAUAUAGAUUUAGGAAUUUAAAUAGCAAACACAACAAGUGUAUUACUAAAUGGAAAAUGGAAUUACAAUAUGAGUCUCACAAAAUGGCCUAAGGCCGAAAUAAAUACACNCACAAAUCACAAGAAUAAUAUCCAUUUGUUUAUGUUUUCUUAAUGGAAUGAAAUCAGGGAUUUGGUCUUUGAUUUUCAUGGCUGGUGGCUUGUCCUUUAGUGAGGAAAAUCACAAGGAAAUAAGUGAUGAUUCUUGGGAAAUAAUGGGGGACAAAGGGGAUGGGUGAUGGUUGGUUUUAUUGGCCUUAUAUUGGGUCAUUCAUGGAAGGUAUGUGGGGACUGAUUUGGUGGGUGGAGUGUCAAUAAACUCACAAAAGUCUUUUGUCCUUUUGUUAUUGUUUAUUCAGCCUAGGUGGGAGACACAAGGGGGACAAUGGUUGGUCAAUGUUGGGGAAUAAAAGAGGGGUUGUUUUUGGCCUCUAGUUUCGGCCUUACAUGGGGACAAAGAGGGGCUUGAUUAGUUUCGGCCAGAGGGGGAGAAGAAGGAAGAGAAGAGGAGAUUAGGGUUUUGGUAUUGUUUUGGAUUUUGGGGUUUUGGUGGAGCCAUCCAGGGGUACAUCAAAUGGUCCAUAUCAACAAUGAGGAAUAAGGUACACAUAACUUUGCAGCAUAUAUCCAAUCCAGACGACAUUACUUGGGAUGGAGGAGGAUGUAGAACACUGAGCAAUUUGAAGUUGAUGAGGAUUUCAACAUUAAUAGGACCCCAUGGUUGUAAAAUCCUGGAUCCGCCUCUGCUUUCAAUGAUUCUCCCAUACAAGCAUUGGAAGUACUCGAGGAGCGGAAAACAAUCUUUGGUGCUAUUUAAACUCUACGAGAGGACAUACUCCCCCUUACAAAUGAUGACGUGGAGCAAGGCCAAAGUUCUAGCAAAUAGCAAGUUGGCGAUGCCGAUUGGGAUUUUGGAGGAGCUGAGUGAAGAUGAUUUUGCAAAGGAUCUCUUACGGAUAUUAAAGAGCUCAUGUCCAAAAAGGAAAGUCAAGCAACUAGAGAUAUUACAUUUCAAGCUCUAAAAGGUUUCAUUUUCAGCAAAUUGGUUAGGCUGCAAUCCUACACUGGCUUGGGAUGCUGAUUUUGUUUGGUGUGUGAUUUUGUAAGCUACUGUUGAACUCAAGAACUUUCUCUAAAAGGGUUCAUAUCACCAUUUAUAUAAUGGUUGCAUGUGAAACAUGUUAACCUGUCUCAUGCAAAUGAGGUUAGUGUCUCCUAU